AUGUCUUCUACCGAGACCCCAGCCAAAGGGCCGGAACCGAAGGACAAAGAGGCUGUAUCCCGCCUGUACCCCGCGUCAUGCGGGUCUUCAAUCUCAGGCAGGGACCCUCACCCGAUGUGCAUAGCAUGCAUGGGCGCUAAACACGCUCGAGCAUCGCUGGCGGACCCUCAGUCAUGUUCUCACUGCGAGUCCAUGCCUGAGAAAAUCCUGGAAAGGAGGCUGAGAGUGGCGGUUGCCAACAGGCAGGACCCAUGUCUGUCUGGAGCCACCCCUAAAGCCAGCACCAGCACCCAUCAGCCGCGAGCUGAGAUGGACUGGGCGACCAUAAUGGAGACUGACUCCCCAGUUAUGCCUCCUUUGUUCGAGGAGCUCCUCGACCUGGAGCGUGGAGAGGAGGAUGCAGAGGACGAUGCAAACUCUGACCUCCUUGAUUUGAAUGAGAUGGAGGAUGAGGAGGAUGACUCCACAUUCCCCACUCAGCACUCCAGACCCCCAAGUGCGUCUGAUGCUGCUCCCCAAGUGGACAGCAGCCUUUAUGAGGUCUGCAAACGGGCUGCAGCAAAACUGGGUAUCCAGUGGCCUGCAGCUGAGGACGCAGAGGGGGCAGAAAGAGAUUUGUAUGACGGUAAGAGGCUGCCACCAGCCCAGCCGGCAGCAAAACAACUCCUGCCACCAGUGCCUGCUUGUAUGAAGGAGAUGAGCCGGUACUGGUCCAGCCCAUUUAAGAGUAAACUCCCUGCCAAAGGUUACUCUAAGCUGGAAAUUAAAGGAAUGGGUGAAUUGGGGCUGGCCGAACCCCCAAAGGUAGAGCCUUCAGUGGCUUUUCACCUUCACCCUGACCGCCGCUCUGUGUCAGCGUCCAGCAGCAUUUCUCUGCCAGGCAAAACAGAGCGCCUCACAGCCUCUGUUUUGCAGAGAAUGUACAGAUAUGCUGCACAAUCAGUCUGCUCUCUGAACGCUCAGACUCUACUCUCUGCAUACCAGGCAGAAAUGUUGGAGGAGAUGGGCCGGCAGCUGGACUCCGGAGCCCCUAACCCGGUUCUCUGGGACGAGAUCUGUGUUGUUAAUGACCUCAUCCUGCGCUCCUCACGAGGCGCAGUGCAAGGUUGUGGCCAUGUGAUGGGACUGGCUGUUGCAGGUGAGAGAGCUCUAUGGCUGAGCCUCUCAGGCCUGGGUGACGCACAGAAAAUUGAGGUUAUGGAUGCUGCAUAUGACCCCUCCAAGGGUCUCUUCGGCCCAGCUCUGGAAAAAAUGAGGGAAACCAGUACCCUCAGGAAGCAGGAAGGCGAAGCCUUCAACCUCUGCCUGCCCAGGAAACAAGUCCCUCGCCCCCCUCAGGCUCAGAGGGCUGGCUUUGCUGCUUCUGCAGCAGCAAGGGGGAGACCAAUGGGUGCCAGACCACAGAGGCAGACAGCUGGCUCACAGUCUAACCAGCAGCCCCGAGUAGUCUCCCCUCAGAGUCAGGACUCAGGGGUGACGGCACUCUCUGCCCAGGUAGACCACUGGCGCGCAUGCGCAGUACAUCCCUGGGUCCUGUCAACCGUUUCCAAGGGUUACAGACUACAAUUCGCUAUGAAACCACCCAGAUUCAACGGUGUGUUAGUUUCAGUAGCCAGAGGGGAGGCGGCACAGGUCCUAGAGGAAGAAAUAACAUCGCUGCUAAACAAACGAGCGAUCAGAGCCGUCCCGGACGUGGAAGCUCAACAGGGGUUUUACUCCCGCUACUUCCUCGUCCCAAAGAAAGGGAGCACAUCACUUCGCCCCAUUCUGGAUCUCCGUGUGUUAAACAAGCACCUACGAAAAUACACGUUCAGGAUGUUAACACACAAAGUGCUUUGCCGCUCCAUCCGUCCGGGCGAUUGGUUUGUAACAAUCGAUCUCGCGGACGCGUAUUUCCACAUUGCAAUUUAUCCCUCGCACAGGAGGUUUCUCAGAUUCGCUUAUCAGGGAAAAGCCUACGAAUACCAAGUCAUCCCGUUCGGGCUGGCGUUGGCACCGAGGGUGUUCACCAAGUGUGUGGAAGCAGCGCUGUCUCCGUUACGGAGCAGCGGCAUCAGAAUAUUCUCGUACAUAGACGAUUAUCUGAUAUGCUCCCAUUCACGCGAACAGGCAAUCAGAGAUUCGGCUGCGGUGACAGGUCAUCUCAGGAAUCUUGGGUUCAAUAUAAACUGGGGGAAAAGCAGAUUACAACCCAGUCAAUAUACAGAAUACCUGGGGCUCAGCAUAAACUCCCUCUCGUAUCGUGUCACGCUAUCAGAGGGGAGAUUAACGUCUCUCAUGCAUUGCCUCUCCCUUUUCGAGCGGGGAAAAGUCAUAUCAUUCAGACUAUGCCUACGCCUGCUCGGCCUCAUGGCUUCAGUGAUAUCUGUAGUGCCCCUGGGGCUUCUGAUGAUGAGGGAUUUUCAGCGCUGGGUAGCGGCGUUGCGCCUCUGCCCGCGCAGACACCUCAGCCGGCGAGUGAAAGUAACGCCGACGUGUUUGGCUGCGCUCCGCCCGUGGAGGGACGCUGCGGAUCUCGCGUCAGGCGUCGCGCUCGGCACGGUGUCAUCCAGGGUAACCAUGACGACGGACGCGUCCCUGUCAGGCUGGGGAGCGACCUUGUCGGGCAGAACAGUGAACGGUACCUGGAGCCCGAGGCUGGCUCAGGCCCACAUAAAUGUUUUAGAGCUUUGGGCAGUGUUCCUAGCUUUACAGCAUUUCCUGCAGUUUAUCCAGGGUCACCAUGUUCUGGUGAAAACAGACAACUCCACAGUGGUGGCGUAUAUAAACCGCCAAGGCGGGACUCGCUCACUACAGUUACACACGUUGGCUCGGAAAAUGAUCAUGUGGAGCAGCACACGGCUCCUGUCACUUCGAGCGACACAUGUGCCAGGGGUGUUGAACAGGGGGGCGGAUCUUCUGUCACGGGGGAACCCGCUAUACGGGGAAUGGACACUCCAUCCGCAGGUGGUGGAACAAAUAUGGCAGAGAUACGGCCGGGCAGCCGUAGAUCUCUUCGCCUCGCGAGAAAACGCUCAGUGUCCGCUGUAUUUCUCCCUGUCCGAGGUGAAUGCCCCUCUAGGUAUGGAUGCUCUAGCCCACCCAUGGCCGGACGUGCUGCUUUAUGCAUUUCCUCCGCUCAGCCUGAUCUCUCCCACAUUAGCCAGGGUGAGACAGCAGAGUUUGUCGCUGAUUCUGAUUGCACCACAGUGGACAUCGAAGCACUGGGUAGCAGAGAUAACACAAAUUCUGGCAGACGAGCCGUGGCCUCUCCCCAUACGCAGGGAUCUUCUGACCCAAGCGCACGGCGAGAUCUACCACCCGCACCCGGACCGCAUAGCACUCUGGGCUUGGCCCGUGAGAGGUGGAACCUGAACGCAGCAGGCUUGCCGGCGCAGGUUAUAGACACCAUUCAGAGUGCGAGAGCACCCGCAACCCGCUCUCUUUACAGUGGUAAA